UUCCGUUCGACCGACACGAGUGCAGGAUGGCCUUCACAAACGCAAUUUCUCAAGAGAAGAGUGUCAAUCUCACGUUGGUAGGCCAGCCUACCCUUCCCGAACAGGAACACUCAGAAUUCGCGGUUCUCUCCAUAGAAGGCAAGAGGACUCUGCUGAGUUUCAACAUGGGCGAGUUCGAGUACCCCGAGAUCUCGUUCCACGUGCUGCUCCAGAGGCGCACGUCCUUGCACCUGUUCACGGUCCUGUUGCCCACCGUCGCCGUGGUCUUGCUCUCACUGCUUGUCUUCUGGCUUCCGCCUGAGUCGGAACGGAAGAUCACUCUCAUUGGAGCCUCCCUGCUGACGUCACUACUUUUGCUAUACAGAGUGGACAACAUCGUCUCGAGAUCGAGCAGCGUGCCCAAGAUCGUGAAAGUUCUUGGAGGUGGGGUAUUGAUGAACGCCCUCAUCGCGGCCACCACUGUCUUGAGCACAAACAUGGCCCGGAGUGCACCGUCCUGCGCGCUUCCCGCGUUCCUGGUCAAGUCAUCGGAGUUCGUGGCCCACCGGCUGCCCUGUCCUUGUCCAGCGGGCCGAUCGGGCAUCGGGGACGACGAAGAAGGGGUUCAGAACAAGUCGUACAACAACGCCGUGGCCCGCGAGUGGUACACGGCGGCCAGAGCUCUGGACCGUGUUCUGGGACUCGUCUUCGCGCUGUCUCCCGAUACGGUGACGGAACCGCCAGUCGCUCUUGCGAACGUGGAAGAUUUGCGGAUUUUCGCGUUCAACCUCAACAAGAGGCAGCAGGUGCACCACGAGGAGAAGUUUGGCGCCACCCUGGAGCCCUCGGAUCCGGUGAUAGUUGUGCAGGUGCACAACAGGUGGCGCUACCUGCAGUACCUGCUGCAAAGCCUGUCCGCAGUGCGCGGCAUCGAGCGAGCGUUGAUCGUGUUCAGCCACGACUACUACGAUGCGCACAUGCUCGAGCUGCCCGAGAAUGUCACCUUCUGCAGGGUGAUGCAGAUAUUUUUCCCCUACUCCACUCAACUUUAUCCCAACGAGUUUCCGGGUGUCCACCCGAACGACUGCCCGAGGAACAUUCAUUACGAACAGGCUCGUAAGAUAAAGUGUAACAACGCUGAAUAUCCCGACCAGUACGGCCACUACAGGGAGAGCAAGUUCACCCAGAUCAAGCACCACUGGUGGUGGAAGGCUGACGAAGGUUUCCACCCAGCGGGCUGGGUCGCAGAUACGGUGUUCUGCGUGCACGACGACUACAACUGGGACCUGACUCUGACAGCUGUGGCGAGCAGCUGUCUUCCCGCCGGCAGUCGCACCGUGAGCUUGAGGGUCAGCAGGGUAUUCCACAUUGGAGAGUGCGGCGUCCACAGGCGUCCCAAAAAGUGCCAAGAAGUGCUCCUCCGCAAGGCUCUGCGCGUGAUUCCCAAGGAAGGGUUCGGUUCUGAGCGCAUGCGCAAUCUGCGAUCCAUCCCUCCACGCGUAAUACGGCUGCCCAAGGUUAGCGGAGGGUGGGCCGACGUCCGGGACCACCAACUCUGCGUCAAGAUGACGCUAUGGGGUUCCUAG